CACAGCGGCCGCAGGAGGCGCUGACGUGGCUGCCGUCAGCGCCGCCAUCUUGUGGGAGCGAAACCAACGCCUGGCUCGGAGCAGCCGCCGCUGAGGUCUCUGGCCGGUGUUGCUUCCACCUGUCCACAAUCAUGGGGAAUAUCUUUGCGAACCUCUUCAAGGGCCUUUUUGGCAAAAAAGAAAUGCGCAUCCUCAUGGUGGGCCUGGAUGCUGCAGGGAAGACAACAAUUCUGUACAAACUGAAGCUGGGUGAAAUUGUGACCACCAUUCCCACCAUAGGUUUCAACGUGGAGACCGUUGAGUACAAGAACAUCAGCUUUACUGUGUGGGAUGUGGGUGGCCAGGACAAGAUCAGGCCACUGUGGCGCCACUACUUCCAGAACACUCAAGGCUUGAUCUUCGUAGUGGACAGCAAUGACAGAGAGCGGGUGAAUGAGGCACGUGAGGAGCUCAUGAGGAUGUUGGCUGAGGAUGAGCUCCGAGAUGCUGUUCUCCUGGUGUUUGCCAAUAAGCAGGACCUCCCCAACGCCAUGAAUGCGGCCGAAAUCACAGACAAGCUGGGGCUGCACUCUCUACGUCACAGGAACUGGUACAUUCAGGCCACCUGUGCCACCAGCGGAGACGGGCUCUAUGAAGGACUGGACUGGCUGUCCAAUCAGCUCCGGAACCAGAAGUGAACCAGACCCCUCCUUCCCUCUUACUUCCUCCUCUCCGCCCUCCGCUUUCCUCUCAUGUGGCAAACAUGCGACUCUGUGGUCCUGAGUGCCAGAAGCUGUCUCCAUGGGUUGGUCAGUGUGCAUCGCACCGUGUGUACAUGUGCAGACGCAGCCUGCAGCCAGGUUUUUAUUUAAUGUAAAUAGUUUCUGUUUCCACUGAGGCAGUUUCUGGUACUCCUAUGCAAUAUUACUUAGCUUUUUUAUUGUAAAAAAAAAAAAUCAACUCACUGUCAGUACUGAGAAGGGAUUUGGGUGUUUGGGUACCUGGCCUCUGGGAGCCACUGGCCUAUAGACUGGUGUCGGGAUCCAUUUGGUGGUUGGUUUUUAACCCGAACUCAGUGCAUUUUUUAAAAUAGUUAAAAAUACAAGAACACUUGAACACACAGAAGGGAGACUAUGCCUAGUGUAGGUUUUGCAGUAACGGCCUGAAUGCUAGUCCAUCGGAUCAGCUGUUCCCAUGGGAACAGGAGAGACGGUGAUAACAAACCACCAUCCGCUGCAUGGUCACAGUAGAGCCCCCGUGACUUGCCUGUCUUUGGGUCACCUGCAUUCCAUAGCAUUUAGCUUGUACUUGUGCCCACACGGUCACCUGGUGGCGGGCUGGGGGCCCACUGCUAGUUGCAGGGCCCUGCGUCGUCCAGGGUUAGUGUGCGCAUUCCCAGCUUGCUCUUGGGCCAGCUUGGACGCGCUGGUGGGAGGCCUGAGUCUCACCAGCAGGAGCGCGUGCAAGCUGGGAGGGUCACUUCACUGCAGACCCAAACCCUGGAGCACCCCCAUCUCCAUGUGUGAAGUAGCUUCCUCCCUCAGCCUGCAAGGGUCCGAUUUGCCAUCGAGAAAGACGACCUCUACUUUUUUCUUUUGUAUUUUGAUAAAACACUGAAGAAGCUGGAGCUGUUAAAUUUAUCUUGGGGAAACCUCAGAACUGGUUUAUUUGGUGUCGUGGAACCUCUUACUGCUUUCAAUACACAAUUAGUAAUCAACUGUUUUGUAUACUUGUUUUCAGUUUUCAUUUCGACAAGCACUGUAAUUAUAGCUAUUAGAAUAAAGUCUCUUAACUAUUUCA